UGUCCAACACUGAUGCACAGCUGACGCAAACCUAACAAAAACAAAGCCACCGAAAGACGCGCAAUUUAUAGAACUCUGGGGAAAUAAAGCAUUUAAGCAUGGCCCUCGGCAGGGAAGACACGGAAAAUGGCGAAUUUAAAUUUCCACCAUGCUGGAAGGACAACGCUGUUAUGCAACAACGCUUUUCCACGUUUCGAGCACGGCACUGGAACGUCCAAGAGUACGAUACAAAGAUGAACUUCUGGACGGAGCUGAUUGGGAACUACUUGAGGUUCAAUGGUAGACCCAUUGUCAGCCUGAGAGAUUUGCAGUUGCUCUUUAUGCGGGGUGACCAGCUACCCGCCUGCCUGGACACUGUGAUAUUGGAGCUGCAGCAGCGGAAGCAGAUCCGAGCCCUCAGCGAAUUCGAGUAUGAUCCUGGAAACUCCUGGAGCGGCUGGCUGGUGAACAGCCUGGUGAAACGACCUUUAAGUUGGGGCUGGCUGAAAAUCAAGCACAGCGUGGUGGCAGAAGACCUAGAAGCCUCCACAUUGGUAGAAUGGAUUCACAUAGAUGCCUUAAAUAGCACUUGCGACGCAAUCGUAGAAAAAGCCUUGCCAGAGUGCACUGGAAAACUAAUGCAUUUUGAUGCCUUUAAAUCCUUCUGCAAGAGCCAGCAAAUCCGUAUCCAUUCGGACACGGAUUUAUACGUUUCCCUGCUCUCUCUAAACGUUCGUCAUAUCGUGGGUCUGGAGUUUAAAACUGAGAAGGGAAUAAGACAAAUUCAUUUGGUCAAAAUACCGAAAAAACAGGGCGAUGACCUGAACAUAAGCCAGGAAGAUCAUGCUGUGCACAACCUUCAGAAUACUCAAUCACAGCUACUUAAGCAAUUGGAGAGCCUGGAAGAGGAUAUCAAGGUAAACGAUGACAAGGCACGCCAGUACUUGAAGGAAAACAAGCGGCAAAUGGCCAAAACAUAUCUCCGCAAAAGGCAUCUCCUCGAAAAGAAUCAUGAAAGGCGUAGUGUGGCUCUGCACAAUAUCGAAUCUCUGCUGUCCAGCGUCGAUGAGGCUCAGAACAGUGGCGUUGUGUUGGACGCCUACAAGAUUGGUUCCAAUACCCUUAAGAAAGUUCUGUCCGAAUCUGGCUUGAAGUACGAUAACGUCGACGAAGUCUUGGCCGAUGUGCGGGACACGCUGGACCAGCACCGGGAAGUUCAGGACGUCAUGUCCAACAGCGUUGUGGAGUCUGCGGUGAGCUUGGACGAAGAUCAGCUGGAAAAUGAAUUGCGGGAAUUGUGCGGCGAAACAACCCCGUCGAAGCUCAACAACUUGCCGCUCAUUAACAACAACCAGAAGCCCCAGGUGGUUAUCACGGAUGAGGAACUGAUAGCCAUGCUAGACGACCUCGAAGUCGAGAAUGCGUCCGUUACAACAUCGAGUACCAAGACUGUAACCACAGCUUAACUGAAGAUGCUGAAGUGAGAGUCAUGGUUAUGUUCUAUUAAAUUUGUGGUGAAUGUUUCUUUUAUAAAUAUAUUUAUUUGAAAAUUUGAGAAUGAAAA